AUGGCGGAUGAGUACAAGGCCCUCGUCGACAACAACACAUGGGUUCCAGUUCCUCGGCCCGCUGGUGCUAAUGUGGUGACAGCUUCUUCAGGUGCUCUACUGCAGAAGCUGACUCGUCUAUUACAUUCAGAGCUUGCCAUGACCAACCUCGGUGACCUCCACUUCUUCCUCGGGAUAUUAGGUCAGCGUUCCUCCUCCGGCCUCUUCCUCUCGCAGCGCCAGUACGCUUCAGAUCUUCUCCGACGCGCUGGCAUGGCCGAGUGUCACUCCACUUUGACACCUGUUGACACUCACGCCAAGUUGUCUGCUAUAGAUGGACAUCCCGUUGCCGACCGUUCAGAGUACAGGAGCAUCGCUGGGGCCCUUCAGUAUCUGACCCUAACACGACCUGACCUGGCUUAUGCAAUUCAACAGGCAUGUCUCUUUAUGCAUGAUCCGCGAGAACCGCAUCUCGCGUUGAUCAAACGCAUACUGCGCUAUGUCAAGGGCACUCUCGAUGUCGGCCUGCUCAUUGGCACCUCCCCAGUAACAUCUCUCACCCCAUACUUAGAUGCAGACUGGGCCGAUUGCCCUGACUCCCGGCGUUCCACCUCAGGCUACUGUGUCUACCUCGGCGACAAUCUCGUCUCUUGGUCUUCCAAGCGCCAGUCCACCGUAUCUUGUUCCAGUGCGGAGGCUGAGUACCGCGCCGUUGCGCAUGCUGUCACCGAGUGCUGUUGGCUACGUCAGCUUCUCCAAGAGCUACACAUCCUGCUUGCUUCGACCACUGUGGUCUACUAUGAUAAUGUGAGUGCCAUAUACAUGUCAUCUAAUCCAGUACAACACAGGCGCACAAAGCAUAUUGAGAUCGACAUCCACUUUGUUCAUGAGAAGGUGUCUCUUGUUCACGUUCGAGCUCUUCACGUGCCUUCCUCACACUAG